GUGAGUGUUCACGUGAUGCGGGGUUUUGUGACGUGUACACGUCAGCUGACUCUGCGAGUUCGGAGAAGGUUCCGUAGUGCCGGCUGGGCUGUCAUGGCGAGUCAAUCAGCCGGAAUCCAGCAACUGCUGCAGGCGGAAAAGAGAGCAGCCGAGCGAGUGGCGGAAGCGCGGAAAAGAAAGAACAGACGCCUGAAACAGGCUAAAGAGGAGGCCCAAGCUGAAAUCGAGCAGUACCGUCUUCAGCGAGAGAAAGAAUUCAAAGCCAAAGAGGCUGCUGCUCUCGGCUCGCACGGCAGCUGCUUAGAUGAGGUGGAAAAAGAGACCACUGACAAGAUGUCAAUCAUCCAGCAGAACUAUGCAAAGAACAGGGAGACAGUUCUGGAGAACCUGCUUUCCUUUGUGUGUGAUAUCAAGCCUGAAAUCCAUUUGAACUACCGUGUGAAUGGCUAAAAGCGAAAAAAUUUUGCAUCAUGCUAUUUAUUGUGCUCUUAGACACUGAUACCAGUCAUUUUCUCAGAGAUUAAUUUACCUAAUAUGCAAAUUCUUGUAAUGGGGGGAGUGG